GUUGAUGUAGCUGUCAGAAGUCAGAUAAGCAGAGGAGAGCUAGCAGGUGGUCACAAUGCAGUUCCUGGGCCGGCUGCUGGACACUGUGUCCUCUGUGUCAACUCUCUUCACUAACCCCUACAGAGUCCGGGACGUGCCACUGGCAGACUAUGGUGGAGGAGGCAAAGUGGUACUGAAAGAGGAAGGGCGUAUGGUCCUGUACAAAAACACUCAGUAUCAGUCAUGGGACUGUCUGCUUAUGUGUCCAGAGACGCCUGCAGUGACCCUGAGGCUGUUUCAGGUGGCGUCAGAGGAAGACGCCAUGAACUGGUUUCCACAGUACGCCCUCAAGCUUCGUCCUUUUUAUGAGACACUUCCUCUGAAAGCAGAAACCACGCAGCCAAUUGUGGACUGUAUCCGCAGCCAUCCAGACUGGAGCUCCGCCCACAUCGCUGUGGAGACGGGCCUGAGAGAGUGCCUCAAACAUAACUAUGUCCAGAGUCAGAUCAAUGCUCGGGAUGCUUCAGGUCAGACGCCGCUGCACCUGGCGUGUGAACGCGUCGACUCAGUUUGUGUGACGGAGCUGCUGGAGGAAAGCCAGGCUCGCACUGACAUCAAAGACCGUAAUGGAGACACGCCAAUGCACGUUGCUGCCAAGCAGGACUCUCCUGCCGUCAUUCAGGUCCUCUGCUCGCGGCUCUGCUCAGGUGUAAAUGAGCUGAACAACAACGGUGAGACGCCGCUGCACGUGGCUUGCCGUCUCGGACGUGUGGAGUCAGUCAAAGCACUUUUGGCAGGAGGAGCCAAGUGUGACGUUGUUGGUGGUGUUGGCUACCCCAUCCACAGUGCCAUAAAGUACAGUGAGAAGGGUUGUGUCGAGGAGAUCCUUAAAGCAGACCCAGGUCAGCUCCAGGCUGAAGACUGCAUGUAUGGAGGAACGCCUCUUCACUGGUCCAAAACAGCAGAGAUGUGUCGGUUGCUGCUCGAGCACGGCUGUGCAGUAAACUACCUCAGUAAGACCGGCGAGAGCCCCCUUCAUAUUCUGACCAAGAAAGGACGCUUUGAAGCCGCCAUGGUGCUGCUCACCCACGGAGCGAAUGCUAACCUGAAGGGCCAGGAUGGAAAUACAGCUCUGCACCUGGCUAUGAAAAUGGACCACAUAGAGUUGAUUAAAGCUCUGAUCGUGUUUGGCGCUGAUGUUGAGAUCCACAAUGAUCUGGGAGAAACACCUGGACUUAUUGCUGCACGUACAAGUAAAGGUCCCAAUAGAAAGAUACUGCUGGACAUGCUGUGUAGUGUAGGGGUCCAGCGCUGCCUCCCACCCUCCCCUGGCAGUCCUCCCCCAAUCUCCAACAAGGCAAAACCAGCAGGCAUAGGGUUUGAGGACAUGAUGUUAAUGGGAGCAGCAGUCAGUGCCAUGAGCAGAGGCAUGUCUGAAGUGGACAGCACCAGAAAGAGGAUGGACAGACUGCUGUGUCUAGAUGGUGGAGGUAUUAAAGGCCUGGUAUUGAUCCAGAUGUUGAUCGCUCUGGAGAAAGAGGCCGGUCGACCUACUAGAGAGCUCUUCGACUGGGUGGCCGGCACCAGCACUGGAGGCAUCCUAGCCCUGGCUAUAAUCCAUGGUAAGUCCAUGGAGUACCUGCGCUGCCUCUACUUUAGGAUGAAGGAACAGGUGUUUAAGGGGUCAAGACCGUAUGAGUCUGCACCACUGGAGGACUUCCUGAAGAAGGAGUUUGGAGAGAACACCAAGAUGACAGACGUCCAAUACCCCAGGGUGAUGGUGACCAGUGUUUUAGCAGACAGACAUCCUGGUGAGCUGCACAUCUUCAGGAACUACAACCCUCCAUCCGUCCACAGAGAGCCCCCAUAUGCCACCACUGCCACAUUCAAACCCCUCACCAUCCCACAAGAGCAACUUGUGUGGCGAGCUGCCCGCUCCAGCGGCGCGGCCCCUACCUACUUUCGACCAAUGGGACGCUUCCUGGAUGGAGGACUGUUGGCUAACAAUCCAACGCUAGAUGCCAUGUCAGAAAUCCAUCAGUACAAUAAAGCUUUGAAAGCAGAGGGCAAAGAGAAAGAAAUGAAGAAGUUGGGUAUAGUGGUCUCCCUUGGCACAGGUAAACCUCCUCAGGUAGUUGUGAGCUCUGUGGAUGUCUUCAGGCCCUCCAACCCUCUGGAGCUGGCUAAGAGCUUCGUUGGAGCCAAAGAGCUGGGCAAGAUGCUUGUGGACUGCUGCACAGACUCUGAUGGCUGUGCAGUGGACAGAGCCAGCGCCUGGUGUGAAAUGAUCGACACUAUCUACCACAGGUUGAGUCCCCAGUUGUCUCAGGAGGUGAUGCUUGAUGAAGUGAGCGAUGCUGUGCUGGUGGACAUGCUGUGGGAAACCCAGAUGUACCUGUAUGAGAAGAGAGACAAACUCCAAUCUUUGGCAAAGCUGCUACUGAACAACUGAAGGCACUAUAAUAACAUUUACAGGAAGAGCAGGGAGGGCUGGGCUGUGAAAACAGAAGUUUGAGUGUAAGGGAGAGUCCCAUGUGUUUAGUCAUAAACAGGGAUGUUUGACACAGAUUUAAAAAGCUGUGAUUUUUUUUUUUCAAGACUUUAAUGUCUGCGUUAGUGUGCUCUUUCUCGAAACUGUUUAAGGUGAAAACACCACAACAAGUUUGAUUUCUACACCAACAAAACAACAAACAAAACACCAAAAACUGACAUGGAAAAGUUACUGACUUAACAUACCAUACUCAAAGGCAAAUUAUGCAGGAUAUAUGACCUUACCACUGACUGUAUCACUAUUGUGUUUCUUAAAGUUUACUGUUUGUACACAAACUGUGUGGGUGUACACAAGGCAUGUAGAAGGAAGUGGUCUAACCAGAUCCAACUAAAGUAGCACAGACGACUGAAACUGCUAGCUCUCCUCCCACCACACACCUCAUUUAAUCAUGUUUUGUUCCUUCUGAAGUUCCUGUAAGAAACUUUUGCUUUGUGAUUUUUGGAAACCCUUAAGGGCAAACUGUACUUUCGCUUUCCAGUGUAUGUGUAGGUUGUUUUUUUUUUUUUUUAACCAAAACCAUUCUUCCUGUUUUCUUUGAACAGCUAAAUAUAUUGUGGUCAAGAAAAUUUUUGGUUAAAUAACUAGUCUGAUACCUACCCUACAGUAGUGGUUUCAGGCAUUAAAAAUAAACUACUUGAAUUAAUCUAUCGGCAUCCUAAUGUGCUGCUUCUAAAGCUCAUGAAGUGUUAAGUUGUAGCAAACAAUCCUCAAAGAAAUUUUAGCUAAGAACCUACAGAAACACUUAAUAUACAGUAUUAAUAUAAACUGACUAAAAGGUAAUCAGAGGGACCUGGCAGUGCCACUUAAAAAUCUACAUUCUACUGUAGCACAGCUUUGAUGAUGGUGACAAUGACAUACCACGCUGCCUUAAGUGUCCAGGACCCAAAUUUCGUACUCUCUCCUGUCUUCUCUUCACUGUGUAAGUUAUCAAUACUGACUUUUAACACAAGUUUCAACCUUACACUCAGUUAUCGCCUGCUUGCACACUGUUGUAAUCUAUUGGUCUUUGCUGUCUGUUAAAGUGUUCAGAGACUCUUAAUUAUGCACUGUAAUAACUGGACUUAAAGCUAGACUUGAAAUGUCAACUUACUUGAAGGACAAAGAAACAGAAGGUCCACUGCUACUUGCACAACAUAAACUGGAGGUUUCAGAUUAUUUCCUAUGUUUUUCUCGUCUUUUUGUAUUUGGAUUAAAAUUACUGACGUGUAUACCUGUAUGAUGAUAAAAAUAAAU